GGCAACCGCGGCGCGGGCGGGCUCGUCCGAGUUUUGUUUUUAAGAGUAGAAUUCUCAAUUUUUCUUUUCUGCAUAUCAACUUAAGUACCGGUACUAUUAUCUAAUAAUAAUAUGUUGUAUUGGCGACGAUCAAGACUCAAGACAGAUGCCCAGUAAGUCCCGUCCGGUACCGGCAGACUAUUCUCUAACCUUCACGAAUUCAUUUAUUUUUGAAUUGGGAUUUGAUGGAUUCGCCGCUUCUCAUAACCUGUGAAAUAUUUGUAGGCUCCUUAGUGUCGUAUGAAUACGUGUUUACAAUAAAGAGUGAGGUUAUUCACUCACUAGCUACUCGUGAUUGUGGUUUUAGUGUCUCUGUCUCACAUUACGAAGUAAGUUACUAGUGAUACUUAUGGUGUUCUAUCGUCUUACGACAAAAGUUUCUAUUCGGCGCUGCUUCCGGUCGUAGUUGCCGAUGCUUUCUGUUGCUCCGAGAUGCGCUGGAGCUCGCUCACCGUCACGACCUUGAAGUUUCUCCGAACAACCAGGUCCUCCAAUAAGAGUUCCAGAGCCGUCAGGCAGUAUCCCCGGAAGCCCAGGGCUUCUGGCAUGUGGAGGAGGGCGAUCGAUCCGUUCUUAAUCUGCUUGCUCAGCGACGCCGCGAUCCAUGCACCGUCCUCGAUGAUGGGGCAGGCCGCGUAGGCAUCGCACAUAACGUUGUACAUGUCGCGCUUGGCGAGCCCCUCCUCCAUGACCUUGGUGUACCUGGACUGGGGCGCGCGGAACCACUUCACGCCGAUGGGGAUGGUGGCGUGGCUAUUGUCAGUGCUAGUAAAGGCAAACUCGUCGUGGUUGCUGGCGUUUGCCUUUUGCUGCAGGUCCUUGAUCUUGUCGUUGCAUUCGUCCAGUGCUUCCAGGAACGCAUCGACGGAAGUCGCCAGCGUUUUGUCCAUUGGUUCGUCACGUAUUCCGUGGUUGGCCAGCUCGUGGCCCUCCUGCAACAAGCGGAUCAUGUCGGGUUCAUGAAAUGGCGAGAGGAACGACGAGAUCACCAUAAAGGUCGCCUUGGCAUCGUACUUGUCGAACAAAUCAAGCACCUUGGGGAGCAAAGAUAGCGAUUUGUCGGCAAAGUUGAAACGGCCCGGGACGUCGUCAAUGCUCAGCGCAACGUAUCCGGCCGGUCCUUGCGCAUUCUGUGAUUCGGAUUCUUCCGAGACGGUCUCGUGCUCCGUGCCCACGGUUGCAGCAGUAUCGUUGUUCGCACCAUUCGCAGCGGCAACAAUUGAAUCGUUGUUUGUCGAGUCGUCGCCCAUCUUUUGAUCCUCGGCGUCGACGAUGUCACUGCUGUCAAAAAUGACAAUGUCCUCUUCUUCGAGGUAGUCGACAAUAUCCUCUUCUGUGGCUUCAGCGUUUGGCGACGACAAGGAUGGCAUCUUUCUGAAUUUUUCCGAGAAUUUCUUUUUCGUGUUCGAUACGGUAGAUCGGAAGCUGCUGUUCUCGAAUUUCUCUUUGGUGUUGGACAACGACGAACGAAGACUGCGACGAAUGUCAUCGGUUUUAGUUGCAGAGGACACCUUCAUUUUUGAGAGUCUUUCGUUCAGGCUCAAUUUCGGGGCGGGUGGGUUGUCUCCGCCAACCGAUAGUUCGUUGCUUUCUCCAGUGGCGGCAAUGCUCUGUUUCUUCAGGGAUGCCAAACUCACAGACGAAAUUCGUGCAAGCUUGCCCUUCCAUUUCGCCGAGGCGCGGCUUUGAUCGCCGUUGGUGCCGUCAGACCCGUCCAUGUCGAACCGGUAAAUGGUCCUGGGAGAGUUUCGCAGCGGGAAACAAGCAAAGAACUGGACGGAUUCUUUUCGAAAGAACAUGUUGACGGAUUGCUUGACCAGGAAUUGUUGCUGGGAUGAUCGCCGAACGGGCACCACUGGGAGUGUUCCUCUUUCGAUUUCGGUUUCGAUGUCUUGCAGGGAGCAAGAAAAUCCGUCCUUAGCACAGGCAGUAGCACUUACGGUGUCGGACGCGGCAUCCACGGACAACGCGCCCGGUUUUUCAAUCGACGUGCGUCGUUUCCACGCCGAUGCUUCGGUUACGCUUUCUUCGUCUGGUCUCGUUUGUUCCUUUGCGGCAGCGUACAGCAGGAUCGCCACGUCCGAGUUCGAGUGCCGGGGAGAAAACCGCAGGGGAUUCCAAUUGGCAUCAAAUACCCCGAAGGAAGACGUUUCCGCGGACAUGAUCUUUGCGGCGAUGUUCGAGGAAAACUUAUUCAUACCGCGUUCGAGUUCCAUCUGUAGUUUGGUCCCCUUUCCAAAAAGUCCUGGAGAAAUGUGGUUCUCAUCACCGAUGCCGAUUAGGUCGUCGUCACUCUCGUUCUCGUCGUUGUUUUUGAGGAUGGGAUCUUCAAUCUUAUUUUGUUCGCCGUCGUCGGUGCCUUCUUUCUGCUGCAAGCUUCGAAAGAUCUCAAAGGCGCGAACGUCCAAAGCCGUCGCUUCUGUCCUCUCUCCUUCGCUUUCGCAGCUGGUGACAUCAAUUGGUUCCGUUGAUUCGGCAUCCACAUUCGGACUCGAAUCCGUUUCAUUAGGAACGACGCAAUCGCGUUCGACUCGGAUCCAAUCGAUGUAGUCAUUGCUUUUGUGCAACAAACCGUACGUUACGUAGGAUGGGAAUGAAUCGCCUUUGGUUGCCAUUGUGCGUGUUUUAAGUUUCAGAAUUAUCGACUGACUUUUGAUGUGGUAUCAAAACGAAUUCUGCUCAAAGACCACCUUAACUAUCUUACGGUAUGAAACAAAUAACAAAUAAUGCU